GUUUGCCAGAUCUAAUAAUUAUUAUUUGCUAGCCAAAGUAUAUAUAAAAAUUAAAGUUUCAAUAUUUUUUUUUUUUCAAAUUCAUAAACAUAUAAUUCGAUAUUAAAAUGACUUCUUUCAAUGGAUAUAUUUGGGAAACGGUUUGAGGAUGAAUACCGAAGUGAUGAUACACAAGAAAUAAACUGCAUUAUAGAAACGGCUCAAGAAGUUAAUGGACAUACGGAAUAUUUGUUGCGUUUAAGCCGCGGCUACUUAAAACAGCAUACGUGGAGAGUUUUACGACGGUACAAUGACUUUGCUGACUUACAGAAGCACCUCUCUAUUUCGGGAAUCAACCUACCAUUACCUGGUAAAAAAUUCUUCGGUAAUAUGCGCCCCGACUUUAUAGCUGAACGUAGACGAGAAUUGCAAAUUUACAUAAACACUGUACUAAUGAAUCCAAUUUUGGCUUCUUCGCUACCGGCGAAGCGAUUCGUUGACCCUGAUAGCUAUUCACAAUCUUUUCAUGACCAAGCUGUCCAAAACGCACUACUCUGCCUUAGAAGUGAAGGACUGUGGUCACUAGGCACCACUUUGGGGGCAAUUGGAUGGCGGUUGAGAAAGCAUUAUUUUAAAGUUACACCGAAACCCCCAGAUUCCAAGUCGAGCAGUAAAGCAUUAGUAAAAAGUGGGUCCCAGACCCACGCACAUGUAAAACAGUCAUCCGUUACUGGUAGCGGCAGCAACGGCUCCAAAUCAGAUCACGCCAAUGAUUCUUCCCACACAGAGGCAACCGAAUUAGUUUUGGAGUGGCUGGAAUACGGACCUGAUAAAUAUAUUGAAGACAAGGAACUAGGUGGCAUUCUGAAGUGUCUAGUUAAUAUGCAACAUCCAAACAUAGAAUCACCCAAGUAUGCAGCGCAUAACGAAAACGGAUGUCUCGUGAUAAGGAAAUUUCAUAAGCAUGGAUCACUCAAGGACAUUUUAUGCAUGGCAACACCAAAGAAUCCUUUCUUAAGUAAAUACGGUAAUCCCAAAGGACGGACCGCGCUGUCUAUGAAACAAGUGGCGAUUUAUGGAAAACAAAUUUUAGAUGUCUUAAUAUUCUUACACUCCAAAGGCUAUCCCUACGGCCAUUUGCAUUCAGGAAACAUUGUAAUUGUUGAUGAUUGUGUAAAGCUCUUAGAUGUAGAGAACUAUAUACUCGGUGUUCCCUCCUUUUACCGGCCAUUUUUUGUACAGCAUGGUAAAAUUUACAAAUCAGAAGCUAUAGAUGUUUAUUGUUUUGGCCAUAUAUUAUUUGAAAUGUCAAUGGGUUACCCGAUGCAGGAGUCCGUAGCUAGACAAAUAACCGACUGCCCGGAUGUUUUGAAGCAUUUACUGGAGAGUAUAUUGUCUAAAGAGGCCUGCAAAUCAGGAUUGCCAUCUCUGGAACAAUUGAGUAAUCACGAAUUUUUCAAAGAAUAUUCUGCAAGCGAAACGUGCAGAAAAUCUUCAGAGGACGAUAUUGCCAGGUCUCAAUUUAAAUUGUCGAUAAAUGCCAAAGAAGCUAUAAAGUUAGCUAUCCAAAAGACGGAAAAUAGAUUACGCGAGGAACAAAAAUCCGUGAAAAAUCAAAAGCGUAUUGUGCGCGUACAAGAGCUGAUGAGUUGUGAGGAAGAAAAACGGAAAUCGAAACAUAAAGCGAAACAGGACCAUAAACAGUUGAAGCUCAAACAGCAGAUAUCAUUGCAAAAUAGCAAUGGAAAAGUUGCAUUAGCCAGCGUGGGCCAUGGAGGAGGAUCCAUCACCGAGUCUUCAGACACAACAUCGCGUUCCUUAAAUCGUAUGAAUAGCAUCAUAGGAAAUAAUGAUUCCCAAGAUAUGUUGCAUGACAUAAAAUCUCCUCCACUAACACCCUCGGCGUACCAAACGUGCAACGAAUCCGAAACCCGCCAACAACAGAAAACGUCGCUGAUGCAGGCGUCGCCUGUUGUCAGUGUGGACAGACAAUCAUCGUCUCCCAAUAUAGCAUCGGACGAAAAUGAAAGUGCUGAACCUGAACGAUCUGCAUUGCUCGAAUCUAUAUGCAAAUUUAACCGAGGAUCCCUCCGAAAAAUCCGAUCAAAUGAUUAAAACCCAUAACAGGAUGUUGGCUCAAAAUAAUUGUGAACUUAUAUUAAUAUCAACUGGACCAAACGCAGCUAUUAAAUAGCGAAUCGGACAUUUCAGUUAUCACAAAUGUUCGAUAUCACAUAUAAUAUAUAAAAAAAACUCUUGACGACACGCACUUGAUUAUUUUAUUAUUACCUGAUAUUUAUUGUUCUACGUAUUCUCAUAACUCGGCAUCGAGCAUAAAUAUUUAUAGUCACUAACUAACAAUGUGUGGCAGCACUUAUAAUAGGCUAGCUUAUAUUCCCACCAAAAUGCAUAACAACACCUUAAAUAUGCGCACGUUAUCAAUGUUUAUCUUAUAUCUGUGUAUAUAUAUAUACAUCAAUGUUUAUAUGUGUAUGUACAAAUGUGAAUGUCUCUAGAGAAAAUAAGGCGUCGCCAUGCUAUUUUCCUUUAGCAUUAACAAAAAACUACGUUUAAGACUAAACUAAAAAGCUUUAAUAAAAGUUAAUCAUCAUUUCUUUAGAAAAUGGCUACAGCAAACUCACCCACUCCAUUUUUGUUAUACAUUUAGUUUAAUUUUAUUUUUUAAUUGCACACUGAUUAUACAGACAUACAUACAUAUAUUAUUAACAAUUUUAAUGGAACUGUAUACUUAUUUACAUGUUUACAACAUACCCGCAAUAUAUUAAUAAAUGUACCAAAAUAAAUGUUA